CAUAACAGCUGGCUCUGACAGCUGACUUUACGGUUAGAUUCUGAUUAAAAAUAUAGAAGAAUGUCGAAAUUAUUAACAAACACGGCACUAAACACCUUCCGGUCCACUCGCUUCGCCGCCCGUCAACUGUCCCGGAAUUUUGGAGGCAUUGCAUCCACAGCCCAGCCGGUAAACUUGAAACCCGGUUAUGGAUUGGAGUUCAAGCAUGGACUCCUGCAGACCCAGCAGAGACAAAUACAACUGAGCGGAGCACGUAACAUGUUUAUUCAGACGCAGGACACUCCCAACCCGGAGAGUCUGAAGUUCCUGCCCGGCGUGGAGGUUCUUGGAAAGGGCAAUACCCACGACUUUCCCAGCGGCACUACCGCACAUGGCAGUCCUCUUGCCAAGCUCCUUUUCCGGGUGGAAGGCGUGCGUGCUGUAUUCUUUGGGGCCGAUUUCAUUACCAUCUCGAAGGAGGAGGGCGCGGAGUGGAGUCUGAUCAAGCCGGAAGUUUUCGCCGUUAUUAUGGACUUCUUUGCCAGCGGCUUGCCCAUUCUGCACGAGUCCACACCCAAUGCUGACACCGAGAUCCUCGAGGAUGACGACGAGACGGUGAUGAUGAUCAAGGAGCUACUCGAUACGCGCAUCCGACCCACUGUCCAAGAGGACGGCGGCGACAUCGUCUUCAUGGGCUACGAAAACGGCAUUGUCAAGCUAAAGAUGCAGGGCUCUUGCUCCAGCUGUCCCAGCUCCAUCGUCACGCUCAAGAAUGGUGUCCAGAACAUGCUGCAGUUCUACAUCCCAGAGGUGGAGUCCGUGGAGCAGGUCUUCGACGAGGUGGACAAGAUGGCGGACAGCGAGUUUGAGCGCUUCGAGCGAAACCUCAAGGCACUCAAGGCAAAGGAUUCGGCGGCGCCAGCGGGAGGCGGUACCAACUAAAGCCUGGACCUUAGUUUAAUGUUGCUAGUUUUUCUUGCGUUGCUAACUAUUUAGUAGAAUGGACCCUGUAGCCCCGUAUACAUAGUGUUUGUUAAAAUAAAUCUACGGCUUUAAGCAUUAAA